ACCGCGCAGCCUCUCUCUCUCUUUCCCUCUCUCUCUCUCUCUCUCUCUCUCUCUCUCUCUCUCUCUCUCUCUUUUCUCUCUUUUUUUCUCUCUGUCUCUCUCUCUCUUUAUUUCCCAGCCGCAGUGUUCGCCUGGCUCCGGGGCUUCAGCACAGCGGAGCUGCGUUGUUGUGAUGGCCGCCUGAGCCGCGCUCUGCUCCGGGUCUCGUCAUCCCCGCGCCCCGCUGGCCGCUGGUGGUGUUCUGGAGGAGAAGGAGGAGAAGAAGAGCUGUCUUUUGGAUUUAUUUCUAUUUUCCACAUGCAUGUCCAUGUUCAAACAUGCAGCCUCCGCCGAGAAAGGUAAAAGUAACGCAGGAGCUGAAGACCACUCACACAGAGCAGCUCACCCGACUGCACCUUAAACACCAGACCGAAUGUGAUUUACUGGAAGACAUGAGGACAUACAGCCAGAAGAAGGCUGCGCUGGAGAGAGACUACGCACAGGCUCUGCAGAAACUGGCCAAUCAGUAUCUGAAGAGGGACUGGCCUGGAAUCAAACCGGACGACCAGCGGACCGACUAUCGGAAUGUGUAUGGUGUGUGGAGGGCGUAUCUGGAGGGCACAGUGCAGGUGACGCAGUCACGGCUGUUCGUCAGUGAAAACUACAAGAACGAGAUCUCCGACCCCGCCAAGACCGUACGGCUUUACAAAGAGCAGCAGCUCAAAAAGUGCAUCGAGCAGCUGGGCCGGAUCCAGGCCGAACUGCAGGACUCGGUGAAGGACCUGGCCAAGUCCAAGAAGAAGUACUUUGAGCUGGAGCAAAUUGCCCAGGCCGUCCGAGAGAAGGCCGACAUCGAAGCCAAGUCGAAGCUGGGGCUCUUCCAGUCCAGGAUUAGUUUACAGAAGGCCAGCGUCAAGUUGAAAGCUAAGAGGAGUGACUGUAACUCUAAAGCUACUCACGCCCGGAACGAGUACCUGCUCACCCUCGCCGCCGCCAACGCACACCACGACCGCUACUACCAGACCGACCUGGCCAACUGCAUCAAGGCGCUGGAUGGUAAUGUGUAUGAUCACGUGAAAGAUUACUUGAUGUCGUUCUGCCGGACAGAGCUGGAAGCGGUCCAGGCCGUCCACAAUACGUUCCAGUUUCUUCUGGAGAAGUCCAGCCGAGUGGUGCAGGACUUUAAUCAGCAGCUCUUCCUGCAGGAGAAUCCAGUUUUCCACAAAGCACAAGACUUCCAGUUUCAGCCUUGUGACAGUGACGCGACUCUGAGCUCCGUGCAGCAGUUGGUGGACAUUGAGCCAUCGGCGGUCAGUGUGAUGAGAAUGACCUUGGCCCAGAGUCGGCAGCUGGAGUCAGAAACAGGCACCACAGAGGAGCACAGUCUGAAUAAGGAGGCGAGGAGAUGGGCGACCCGUGUGGCCCGCGAGCACAAAAACAUCAUCCACUAUAAAAGGACGCUGGAAGAGUGUGAGAGACAGGGGACUCCUCCCUCAGAGCAGAGCCGCAACGACCUGGAGUUCAGGAUCGAGGAGGCCAAGGAGAACAUCCGCAAAGCUGAGACGGUGAAGCUGAAGGCAGAAGCUCGUCUGGAUCUGCUGCGGCAGGUGGGCGUGUCCGUGGAUACGUGGCUGAAGAGUGCCAUGAACCAGGUGAUGGAGGAGCUGGAGAACGAACGCUGGGCAUCCCUGCCCUCCCUCACUACCCAUGAUCCUUCACUCUCAACCGCGGUGGACUUGGACCGAGAAGAAGGAGAAGAUUUGGAGGAAAACAUGGAGGCGUUUGAUGACAGCAGCUCCAGCCCUUCAGGAACCCUGAGGAACUACCCGCUCACCUGCAAGGUGCUCUACUCCUACAAGGCGUCUCAGCCUGAUGAGCUGACAAUUGAUGAACAUGAGAUGCUGGAGGUCAUUGAGGAUGGAGACAUGGAGGACUGGGUCAAGGCACGGAAUAAAACAGGCCAUGUUGGCUAUGUGCCAGAGAAGUACCUGCAGUUCCCCACCUCCAACAGCCUGCUGAGCAUGCUCCAGUCCCUGGCCGCUCUGGACACUCGCUCGCACACUUCCAGCAACUCCACGGAGCCUGAGCUGGCCUCAGGCAGCAUCAACGGAGACGCCAGCAUGAACUUUGUGAAGGCGAUAUAUGACUAUGAGGGACAAACGGAUGAUGAGUUAUCUUUCCCGGAGGGCGCGGUCAUCCGGAUCCUCAAUAAGGACAAUCAGGAGGACGAUGGAUUCUGGGAGGGGGAGUUCAAUGGUCGUGUGGGCGUCUUUCCAUCUGUACUGGUGGAGGAUCUGACUGCAGAGAAUGGUGACAUACACUGGGUCCCCGAUGCUCAGGUAUCAUCGUGUCCCAGGUUAACAUCAUCUUUGCCCCCGUUACCCCUGUAUGAACAGCCCCCCUGCAGCCCCUAUACCAGCCCAGAUGCCGUCUCCGCCCCCGCACUGCCCCGCUCGCCCUCCGCCCUCAACGGAGAUCACAAACUGCCCGGCCUGCAGAAAGCACCUCCCCACAGUAAGAAACCAGAUCACAGCUCCAGUCUGAGUCCAGAGAGUCCAGGCUUCUCCCAGCCGCCCAGAUUCACUCCGGACGCAUCCGGCCCAGGCAAACUACGACCUGUUCGAGCAGCUCCGCCUCCCCCAAAGCAGCACCCUCGCCGGCAGGUGGAGAAGACGGAGGAAGUGGAGAUCACGCUGGUGUAACGGCGCCGCCCUGCAGUCUGGAGGACUCAUUUGCACCUGACCUCAAACUCCUCCCACUGGUAUCAGAGGGUCGGGGUUAUUGUAAACCACACCCCUGUUCACUCUGAUAGGAGGAGGAUUGCAUCUCAAAGCCCUGCCCCUUACCUUCUUUUUUUUUCUUGUCUGGGGAAACACCUCUUCUGGCGUCAUGGAUUACUUGGUGCCUUUAACCCUUUUCAUGCCAAAUCCAACCCAGUCCUUGUAUUUGUAACUGUUCGCUGCUUCAGACGCAGGUUUCGGUCUUGGUCAUGAACCGUUACUGGGGUUACUGGGACGAGUCGAGUCUGCGCCCACAGAACGACCACAAGCAGCCAAUCCCGAGGCUUCGACCUGUUACUGGAGGUUACCAGAGUGUUUCCUGUACAAAUGCAAGACGGCGGACAAGGAUGUGUAAAGCAUUGUAAGGCUACGUUUACACAGCAGGAGAAAAUGGCCUAAAUCAGUUUAUCUCUUCAAAAUUAGGCUGUCCACACUAUGUUUUAAAUGCUCCUAAACUUCACAUGAAGUUUCAGUUUCAUCCUUACCAGAAUCAGAGUAGCUAUUAAGGAGACCUAGUGGCUGCAGCUCAGCUUAUCACAAAGAAUAAUUGAAGCUCACUGUAAAAAAGGCAUAUAAUUCAGCCACACCCACUUUUUAUUUGUUGAUUUAAAGUUUGUUAAGCUAUGCAUUUUAUUUUCCUUUGUCGCUUGCUACAGCAGCGCCCCCUGUGGCCACAUUUGACCAUUACUUUAGGAACACAGUGGUUGUGACACACUGCUGUUAUCCAUUUUUACAUCUCAUACCUGCCUAGUGACGUACUUCCGAUUUGGCUGUUCAAAUUAGGGCUAUAUAUUUGCAAGAACCUGGUGAUACCAUAUAUAGUGCGACACAGCAGUCAAAAUUCAGUAUUAUUAAUAAGUUAAUAAUUAUAAAUAUGUCAAUACUGUUAGCAAGGCAAUAUAUUGACUUUUUUGCAGGGAGGCAAAAGUAUAAAAUAUUAAAAAACACCCCAUCAUAUACCUAUAAUGUGUGCUGAGUAAAAAAAAAAACCUUUUUAUCAGAACAAUCAGAUUGAAAAAAAAAGAGAAAGUAAUACAAUACUGCCCUCUAGUGGUCAAGGUUUAAACACAACACAAAAGGAGCCACUGUCUACCACCAAUCUUUGCAUUUAAUAUAAUAAUUAAAAAAUAGUAGAUUAAAAUAGUAGUAGCAAUUGAAGUAGCCCACGUUCUAAUUAUAAAAACCUAUUUAAAUCAGUUUUAUUGUGUUUUCGCUGUUCACACUGCCUUACGAAUGACAAAUUUCCGUCACAUAUGAUGAAAAAUAUUGAAUUUUGUCCACUUUUACCCGCUGUGUGAAUGCAGCCUCAAUGUAAAAGAGGCUUUACUUGCACAUAUACAUAUCAAGCAGGCUAUACAAUAGCAGAAAUGCAAUAGCAGGAGGUGUCAGGGGGCACGUUUUGUGUUUUGGGGUAUUUGAAUGGGGUAUUGAGUGUACAGGGGGCUGAUUGUAGUGGGUGUGGGUGAGCGAGAUCGCCCUGGCUUCAGCCACGAUGUAGUCCUACCGUACGUAUUUAAUGUGUAUUAGUACAGUACAUUACUGUUGUCAUAGGAAUGUUCAGAAAUAUGUGCAGCAUUUCCUCAUAUAACGUGACUGAGUGGAGGCUUUUUUGGAAUGUCAUAGGAUGCCACAGUGUUGACAUGUUAAAGCAGCAGUCCCUAGAUUUUCUCUUUUAAAUUGAAAGCAGUAGUAUUGCUGAGUUGGGAGGGGACAGAAUAUUAUAACUAGUGGUAUCAGUGUCCUGAUCCGAAAAAAACACCCCUGGAAAGUCUAAUAUAAUCAUUCUAAAACAGUGGUCUGGUACCGGUGGUCUGGUAGGUUGGUUGGAUAUAAUUGCUAAAUAAUUGAUCUACAUUUUGGACAGUAUUUAAUAAUAUAAAACCGAUUAAUAAACAAUAUAAACGGGAAAAAGGGAAAUACAGAAUUUCACACAGCAAUUAAUUUAACUCUUCCACUUGUGCAAUUGCACAUUCUCACCAGAGAGGUCUCUAAAUCCACAACUGCCUCAAACUUACGGACUGUGGCUUUAAUGAGAAAGGAAAC